UUCAACUUUCAUGUUCAGUUGUCUUUUGCAAAACUUUCGUAUCUAUCGUAAUUUUUGGUUGUUAAGAAAUAUUAUAUUGUGAAGCUAACUACUAAAUCUCAAUAAAAUGAGCAAAGAAAAUGGAACAACACCCCCGCAAUACACAUACGUUCCUCCGCCAUCGGCGCCACCAUCUUAUCAGGAAGCUGUUGGUGGGGUUAAACCGGUUGGACCAUUUACCCCAAUCGCAGCACCUACUGUUCCAUCAUCCAACAAUGCAAUUGUAACCACGGUUGUGCCUAUCGGUCGAACUGCUACACAUAUGAUAUGUCCUUCUUGUCAUGUCGAAAUCGAAACUACUACGCGAACGGAACCUGGCAUGAUCGCCUACUUGUCAGGAUUUAUUAUAGCKCUAUUAGGUUGCUGGCUUGGUUGUUGCCUUAUACCAUGUUGUAUAGAUGAUUGUAUGGAUGUACACCACACCUGUCCAAAUUGCAAAGCUUAUCUCGGACGUUAUCGGCGGUAAACUAAAAUUCUAAAAUGUGAAAUAUCCCAAGUGAUAUUUAUAAGAUUUUAUAGGAUGAAAACUCUUUUAUUAAUAACGAAAUUAUAAUGAAUAUUUGCAACAAUGUAAUCAACAUGAAUUAACAAAAAACGUCGCCAGCAAUAAGCCUAAUCUUAUAAAAAUCUUACAUUAGUUUUGGUUUCACAAACAUAUGAAAGAAACAACCAAUUGGAUGUAUAUUUCAAAAUUUUUUUAACUUUGUAAUGUUGUAAAGUUUAUAUAAAACUAUCUCGAAUAUAUGCGAAUGCUCAAAAUAUUUUUUUUUUUCGAAUUAUUAUUAAAGAAAUUGUAUAUCACAUUUUUUAACGAAACUUAAUA